AUGGCUACGUCUUUGCCAGGUGAUGAUAGUGCAGCUGCAUCAGGACCCUUCCUUCGGGAGGAGGUCAUGUCUUUGAAAGGCUUGGAACUCAUAGCUGAGCAGGCUGAGCCUGCCCAAUCUGCCCCAGAACCUGAAAUAGCUAGUACCUCCAGUUCUGUUCAAGAGCGAAAGCCUGCUAACAAAAAGACUGUUAAGCCUAAGUGGUUGAAAAUGGAUAAUCACUUGGUUGUGAAGCCUGCAGGCUUCAGGACUCGUGUUUUAUCGCUUCUGAAAUCUUCUACUACCAGGUUUGAUUGA